AAUAAUUUCUUCCAUAGUUCCGUACCCUCCUGGUUUCUCAGUUUUUGAGGUGAAGAUGGGUGCCACUUCUUCAAUCGCACCCACUUACAAAAGGCUAGAGGGAAAGGUUGCAAUUAUCACUGGAGGAGCAAGUGGGAUUGGAGCAAGUGCAGUGCAGCUAUUCCACGAACAGGGUGCCAAAGUUGUCAUAGCCGAUAUCGAAGACGACCUUGGCCAAGCCAUUGCCAACAAGCUAGACGAAGAUGUCUGCUACGUACACUGCGACGUGUCAAAAGAAGACAACGUUAGCAACCUCGUGGAUACGACAAUCGAAAAACAUGGAAAGCUGGACAUCAUGUACAACAAUGCAGGCGUCCUGGAUCGCGCAUUUGGGAGCAUUCUGGAUACCACAAAGGCAGACCUAGACCGAUGCGUCGGAGUUAACUUGGGUGGCGCUUUCCUAGGAGCCAAGCAUGCUGCAAGAGUCAUGGUCCCCCAACGCAAAGGUGUCAUUCUAUUUACAGCAAGCGCUUACACAUCCAUUGCAGGCCUUUCGACGCACUCUUAUGCUGCUUCCAAAUAUGCAGUGUGGGGUUUAGCCAGGAACUUGGCGUCUGAGAUUGGGCAGUACGGUAUAAGAGUGAAUUGCGUUUCGCCUUAUGCGGUGCUGACAGGCAUGAAUUCAAAAGGGAUGCAUGAAGAUGUUAUUGCGCAGGCAGAAGUGAGAACGAGCCGUUUGGGCAAUCUGCAGGGGGAAAUUCUCAAGGCAGAGGGAAUUGCAAGGGCUGCCCUCUACAUGGCUAGUGACGAGGCCUCCUUUGUGAGUGGGCUUAACCUUGUGGUGGAUGGUGGGUUCAGUGUGGUCAAUCCUACCAUGCUCAAGGAACUUAAAAUUGUUCGCUAAUUUUAGGAUAAUUUCAGGCUUAAUUUAUCUCUUGGGGCUGAUUUUCAUAUGGCGAUGUUGUGUGUGUGUGUUUUUUUUCUAAAACUAUUUUCGCUGCUAUCAUGGUAAAUGAAUGUUG